ACCAGAAAAACAUUUCUUUAUUGCUUGCAACAGUUCAGAUUCUAAAACUCCGGAAAGUUCAUAUUAUUUCUGAUCGAUAGCGAUAUUCAAGUUGCCGAAGAAAAUGGAAUCAAAUCUCCUUCCCCACUUUAAGCUAAUUUUGGGAUCUGCUUCGAUUGCUCGACGUAAGGUAUUAAGCGACAUGGGAUACCAAUUCACUCUAAUGAGUGCUGAUAUUGAUGAGAAAAGCAUCCGCAUGGAGAAGCCUGAAGAUUUGGUAUUGGCUUUAGCCGAGGCAAAGGCUGAUGCUAUUGAGUUAAAACUACAAACUACUGAAUGUGAAGUUGAGGAACAACCCACUGUCUUGAUUGCAGCGGAUACAGCUGAAGCAAUCAUGCAGAGGAUCCCUGAUGAUGACAGCAUACAGGAGGAUAAGUCGACAUUACUUGUUACUUGCGACCAAGUGGUUGUCUAUGAAGACACUAUCAGAGAGAAACCCUCGAGUGUGGAAGAAGCAAGGGAAUACAUUAGAGGCUAUUCAAAGGGACACACAGCAACAGUGAGUUCUGUGGUUGUGACAAAUCUCAAGACAGGAUUCCGAAAAGGAGGCGUCGAUAGAGUGGAGAUCUAUUUCAAUGAAAUACCGGAGGAGAUUAUCGAUAAAUUGAUUGAGGACGGCAUGGUGCUUAAGGUGGCUGGUGCACUUGUAAUCGAGCAUCCUCUAAUAUUGCCAUGCGUUAAAGAAGUGGUUGGGACAACGGAUAGUGUGAUGGGUCUGCCCAAAGAAUUGACUGAGAAACUUCUCAAGGAAGUAUUGGCAAGCACAUAGGUGCCUUGAAUUGGUGCCUGUUUGGUCUCUAAAUGCUGUAUUCGUCAUCUUCAACUCGUGAGUAUUCAGUUGUUUUGCUUCCUCGUUUUUUCUAAAACCUUUAGAUUAGGAUUGCUAGUGUUUUUGGUUUUCUGUUGCAGUGAUAUUUUUAUUAAACCAACAAAAACAAAAACACUAAACAAUAGAGUUUAUCGUUUUUCUCUUGUCCACAUUUUGCGGGAUAUUUAGUACAUUCGGUA